AUGGCCUCGGAGCUGGAUGUGCGCGCCCGGCUGCAGCGCGCCGGCCAGGAGCACCUCCUGCGCUUUUGCGCCGAGCUGGCGCCGGGGCCGCGUGCCGCGCUGCUGGCCCAAUUGGAGCCCCUGGAGCCCGAGGCGCUGCGCGAGCACUGCCAGCGCGCGGCCGCCGCCUGCGCGCGCCCCCUGGCCCCCGCGCCCGACCUGGCCGCGCGCCUGCGGCCCCUGCCUCCCGAGCGCGUAGGCAGCGCGAGCGGGGUCCCCCCCCAGACUCGGCGGCUCUGGGAGGAGGAAGGUUUCCACCAGAUCGCCCUGAACAAGGUGGCCGUGCUGCUGCUGGCUGGUGGGCAGGGCACUCGCCUGGGCGUGACCUACCCCAAGGGCAUGUAUCAGGUGGGGCUGCCCAGCCAGAAGACCCUGUAUCAGCUGCAGGCAGAACGGAUUCGGCGGGUGGAGCAGCUGGCUGGCGAGCGCUAUGGGACCCGCUGCACCGUGCCCUGGUACAUCAUGACCAGUGAGUUCACUCUGGGGCCCACAGCCAAGUUCUUCAAGGAGCAUGACUUCUUUCACUUGGACCCCAGCAACGUGGUCAUGUUUGAACAGCGCAUGCUGCCUGCUGUGACCUUCGAUGGCAGGGCCAUCCUGGAGCAGAAAGACAAGGUUGCCAUGGCACCAGAUGGCAACGGGGGCCUGUACUGCGCGCUGGCGGACCACCAGGUCUUAGAGGACAUGGAGCGACGCGGAGUAGAGUUUGUGCACGUGUACUGUGUGGACAACAUCCUGGUGCGACUGGCCGACCCCGUCUUCAUCGGCUUCUGCGUGCUGCGGGGUGCCGACUGUGGAGCCAAGGUGGUGGAAAAGGCGUCCCCCGAGGAGCCGGUGGGAGUGGUGUGCCAGGUAGACGGCGUCCCGCAGGUGGUGGAGUACAGCGAGAUCAGCCCCGAGACGGCCCGGCUGCGUGCGCCCGGAGGGGGCCUGCUCUACAACGCGGGCAACAUCUGCAACCAUUUCUUCACGCGAGACUUCCUCCAGAUGGUCACUAGGGAGUUCGAGCCCUUGCUGAAGCCACACGUGGCUGUGAAGAAGGUCCCCUACGUGGACGAGGAGGGGAAUCCAGUAAAGCCACUCGAGCCCAAUGGGAUAAAGAUGGAGAAGUUCGUGUUUGAUGUGCUCCCGUUUGCCAAGAACUUCGUGGCCUUCCAAGUGCUGCGUGGGGAGGAGUUCUCUCCUCUAAAGAACGCUGACUCGGCUGAGAGAGACAACCGCUCCACGGCGCGGCGGGCCCUGCUUGCUCAGCACCACCGGUGGGCCCUGCAGGCGGGGGCCCACUUCCUGGACGCUCGCGGGACCCGGCUCCCCGAGCAGCCUGGCCCACCUGGCAGCGGAGAGCCUCCGGCCAUCUGCGAGAUCUCGCCCUUGGUGUCAUACUCUGGAGAGGUGAGAGCCGCCAGGCCCAUCUGGGGCCCUUCUGGGGUCGGACUUGUGUGGUCGGAGGAGGGGCGAGGUGGGAGCUUGGUGGGAAGUCACAGUUCUGCCUCAGUCGACUAGCGGGGUAAAUGUCCCCUUAGUUGCAGAGGACUUGCCAAGACGUGGGCUGCGGUGAGCUGUCGAGAGGCCUCGGGGGGUCAGGCAGGCCAAGCCAGGUUCAUCGGAGCCUGGGGUUUAGGCCAGUGGGAGUCUCGCUGGGGCAGGAGACCUGGCUCCCCUUUCUCUGGAGAGUUCUGGCCUGCACUGUGGGAGGGCUUGCCCUGACCCGAGGUCUCAGGACAUGCAAGCCUUGUUCCUAGAAGCCUCUCUAAAUUGCCCCUCGCUGACUCCAGGCUGACUUGGCAUCUCAGUCGGAGCCCAGGGGCUGCAUAGCCGGUC